AUGAUGGCCUCUCAUCUCAACAAGAAGCUCAAGCGAUAUUGUUCCAGGUCGAGAGACCAGCAAGCAGUGGUGGCGGACGCUCUGAGAAGUCACACAGGUGAGAAGCCGUAUUCCUGUUCUGAGUGUGAGAAAUGUUUUGCAUCUAAAUCAGAACUUGCUAAACAUCAGAGAAGUCACACAGGUGAGAAGCCGUAUUCCUGUUCUGAGUCAAAUCUUGUUAGACAUCAGAGAAGUCACACAGGUGAGAAGCCGUAUUCCUGUUCUGAAAGUCACACAGGUGAGACGCCAUUUCCAUGUUCUGAGUGUGGGAAAUGUUUUGCUAAGAAAAAAGCUCUUGUUAUACAUCAGAGAAGUCACACAGGUGAGAAGCCAUUUCCGUGUUCUGAGUGUAGGAAAUGUUUUUCAUUGAAAGCAAAUCUUGUUAGACAUCAGAGAAGUCACACAGGUGAGAAGCCGUAUUCCUGUUCUGAGAAAUGUUUUACAAGGAAAUCAGCUCUUGUUAGUCAUGAGAGAAGUCAGACAGGUGAGAAGCCGUAUUCCUGUUCUGAGUGUGGGAAAUGUUUUGCACGGAAAUCCGUUCUUGUUAAACAUCAGCGAUUUCACAGGAUGUUGUUCCAGAACUGUAAAGUCUUUUUAGAUGUUUGCAAACUCUAA